AUGUGGUGCACUUACACGAUAUGUCAUCUCUGUCAGUAUAUUGGGAAGAUGUUGGGAACUGCUGAGAUGAUGUUCAGGAAUCUGCAGUUUGGGUCUGCCUUUUGGCCAAUGACAAUUUCCACAUGCACAAGCUUCAUUGUCCUAAGGAAUCAGUUUCCUCCUAUUGCAGUUCAGGAUCUUCAGUUUGUUCUGAAGGCUGGAUACCUGGAAAAACGCAGAAAAGACCACAGUUUUCUUGGCUUUGAAUGGCAGAAGCGUUGGUGUGCUAUCAGUAAGACAGUCUUCUAUUACUAUGGAAGCGACAAAGACAAACAACAGAAAGGUGAAUUUGCCUUAGAGGGCUACACCAUCAGAAUGAAUAAUAACCUUCGGAAGGAUGCAAAGAAGGAUUGUUGUUUUGAAAUCUCUGCUCCUGAUAAGCGCAGUUAUCAGUUUACAGCUGCCACUCCCAAAGAAGCAGAGGAAUGGGUACAGCAAGUCAAAUUUGUUAUUCAAGAUAUGGAAUCUAAUAAUAUUCCUGAGGAGGAGGAAGAAUAUGAUGAUGUUGGACAAGUGAGCAGUGAAGCAACAGAUGAUAGCAUUUAUGAAGAAGUUAAAGGAGAACAUGUUCCUUCAGAAGCUGAAGUGCCAAGUGAACAGAACAAGGAGGAAGUUACCACUGAUUCAGACACCAAAAAUACCGAUUAUGCCAAUUUCUAUCAAGCUUUGUGGGACUGCAAGGGAGAUUUCCCUGAUGAGUUGACAUUUAAACACGGUGACGCUAUCUACAUUCUCAGCAAGCUCUACUCAAGAAAUCAAUUUCCAGAAAAAAAGACAACUGAGUACAAUGAAUUUGGCUGGUGGGUAGGAGAACUGGAGGGAAACAUUGGCUUGGUGCCUAAAGCCUACCUAAUGGAGAUGUAUGAUAUUUGA